AAUAAGAUCAGUGGGCCAUGGCUGCAGUGUGCAGCUCUGGCUAUCUUGUCUGGUUUCUCCCCUGGAUCAGUUCAACAAGCCUCAGCUAUAAAUAGACACAGUGAGUGUUCUUGGGCAGACCACUGUGGUGGUGGUGUGUGUUUGUAUGUGUAUGUGUGUGUGUCUUUAAGAAUUCAUCUGUAAUUCGAGCCCUAUAGGACUGAAAGAGAGAGAGAGAGGAAGAGAAAGAGAGAGAGAGAGAGAGAGAGCGACUUCACACACCAACACCAACACCACCCCCCGGCCGGACCAUUCCUAUAAUCGAGCGUCGAGCUGCAGAUUCGCACCUCUGCAAUUAUGCACGUUCCGCGUUGGAUGGGCUUCUCGGUAAACAGCGCAAAGCUGGCGCAGGCACAUAGCUCCGGGCUCUCUGCUGCCGCCGCUGCUGCUGCCGCUGCUGCUGCUGCUGCUGCUGCAUCCCCCACAAGUUGUUAGCCUGUGUGUGGAAGCAAGAGGCGGGCUGUCUUGUUUAUCCAAAAUGACUCGACAUGGCUCCUUUCGCUCAUCAUACACGGCUUUGCGAGCGACCCUGGAGAACACAGCGCGCUGAGAGAGAGUGAGGCGCACAUCAUCUUGAUGAAAGUCAUAAGCAGGGUUGGGUGGCCAUGGACCCAUUCAGCCAGCUCAUCCUCACCAUCUCGGUGACCAGUUUCCUCACCUUCCAGUGGCUCUUCCACAAAGUCAGCCCCUGGAUGUCUAUACGCGUCAGCACUGGCUUCCUCGGCCUCAGUGACAAGCAGAAGGUGGAGUGGAACUCAAGGACGGUGUCAACAUUUCAUGCACUGUUGGUAGGACUCUUCUGUCUCCACAUUCUGAUGUUUGAUGAUGCUGUCAAUGAAGACCCAGUCUGGGGAGAUCCUACAUUGGUGAAGACUAAUGUUGCCAUCACAACAGGCUACCUCAUAUCUGAUCUGCUGCUAAUAUUUUACUAUUGGAGGGCGAUAGGAGACAAGUUUUUUGUAGUUCACCAUCUGGCAGCAUUGUAUGCUUACUACUAUGUACUGGGCGAAGGAAUGUUGCCUUAUUUUGCUAACUUCCGUCUGCUAGCUGAGUUUUCUACACCAUGUGUAAACCAGCGCUGGUUCUUCGAGGUUCUUGGUUAUCCCAAGUCCUCCCGGCCCAACAUGGCGAACGGCGUUGCCAUGGCCGUAGUCUUUUUUCUGGUCCGCAUCGCCGUCAUGCCGGUGUACUACAGUCGUAUGUAUGCAGUCUACGGCACCGAGGCCUUCUAUCUGGUGCCCUGGGGUGGCCGUGUAGCCUGGAUCUGUUCCAGUAUCUGCUUGGACAUCAUGAAUAUCAUGUGGAUGCAUAAGAUCGCCCGCGGCUGCUACAGGGUGCUGCGGUCGGCUCGCCAGAGCAAAUCUGUCACACCUCAGGAGAACGGGAAGAUGGAUUAAGGGAACCAGGGUGUCAUUUUUGAGGAAACGGACUACAUGACGUCGCUCUAAGUGCAUCGGUCGGCAGCAGCUCGGACACUUGCAUGUAACUCCUCGGACAAGUGAUGCAACAGGAACGAAUGUAAGGAGAUUCAUUGGAAAGCAGGAGCAGUCACUGAGAUUUAACGAUGGACCGCUUCACUUAACUGGCCAUCCAGAAGCCAUGAAAUGACCUCUUAGCAAUACUCCGUGUGCAUGGCCGAUUAUUUUCUCUUGAACUAUUUACCCCAACACAAAAAGGUCAUCCUGGGACGAUGGACUGUUAGCCCUUCCACAAAUUGUCAAAAAGUUUACUCUUCUUUAAAUAUGUGCUCAACAAGAGACUUUUUGUAUAAUUACUGCGAGCGAUCCAGUCCCAGAACAGAAGUGAUGACCUGUGAGUUGAUGAUGCUGUUGAAGUCAAGAUACAAGGGAUCCUUGAAAACAUUCAUUGAUUUCUCCUUAAUGGUCGGUGCCAUAAUGUGUCAUGACAUGCCUGUUCAGGAGGAGCAUCAGGCAUCUGUGUUUUUUUUUUUUCAGUUAAUCUCAUGGAGAGUUUGCUGUAAGCUCAAUUUGCAGGGAUUUCACUGGCACAGAACAGAGUGCCCUCACAGAGAGGAGAGAGUGUGGAUGAAUCAGCUCAGCACUCACCCAGUGUCAUUCAGCGUGAGAAGCCAGCCUUUCAGGAAGCAUGUCGGAGUAUUGAGGGAGCGCAGGAAUCGACGAGGAGUCUUCACACUAUGUACACUUUUUCUUUUGUCUUGCUUGGGACAAGACCAACCCGUUUUAAAGAUCCCAUUAAAGAAAGCUGUUUUAACCCAAAGGGGACCGAUGUAGGGAGUACACGAUUAAAGAAAAUGCUUAAAGGGAAACUGAAUGUCGAAGCUUUGUUUGUACACCGAUGUUUCAUAUUGCAAGAAUAUUAUUUCUCCUUAAAGAAGUCUAACGCUCAAAGUCGACAUCAGAUGUUUUAGAUAUCACAUUACAUUGACAGAGGUAUGUUGCUGACACUGUUUUUUAGGAUACUGUGUUAUAUUUAUUUCACUUUGUGCAAUGUUAGAGGCUUUAGUGUCACCUUUAAAGAAACAAACAGCUCAGAGAAACUGAUCUGAAACACUCAUCAUAGUAAAAGUGAUGUCUUAAUGAGACUCUGACUCUUCUCCUGGUGAUCAUUAGGUCAUAAAAUCAUCAUCACUUUAUUCAUGAUAAGACAAAUUAACCCAAGGGUGACACUUAACAACAAAGUGCAUGCUUCUUUCUUUGUUUCCUUACAGGAAGUGGACUUUUCUUUCCAACUCCUGCAGGGAAAAUGAUGACUUUGAUGUCAUGUCAAAUCUAAGACGGUGAUAGUUUGGUGUACGACAAAAUGCUUCUGUAGUUAUGUAGAUUUUUGUGACACUUAGCUCCGGCCUCAUGUUGUGUAUGAUUUCCAAUCAGCUGGUAAACACAUCGUGCACUCCUAUAUUUAUUCAUAAGAUAGAUACAAGGGUUGUGUUUAUUUCCCUGGACAGUCUUUACGUUACAAUUUCUCAAACACCACGAACCGUUCUUUUCCAAUGUGUCAAGUAUCAGAUCAUGGAUGAUUUAUGAAACAUGUACUUGAAUUUCAAUUUUAAAUGUAUCUUUCUAUGAGCUGUACAUCAAAAGCUGUGUCAAACGUUGUGUGAACCAGAAACAGGGAUUGCCAGUUCUUGAAGCACGCCUUGCGAUGUCCAGCAUUUAAUUUUGUUGCCUUUUUUUUUAAAAAACAACUUUAUGAUUGCACAGUGAAUAUUUUUGUCGCAUCCAACUCCUCACAUCACUGAGCAAUGUGUGUUUCAGUGAUUUUAAGCGUGUGUUUUCAUGUCUGCUGCCUGUCUAAAGUGAUUGUUUGGCCUUUGUAAUAGUUUGAAGAGCCCACAGGCUUUUUACGGCUGGUUGUUUUUGUUUGUUAUAGUUUUCAGAUUUCAAAGAUUUCUGUUUUCGUGCCAGUGCUGAAGCCAUUACUACUCCAUGGUGAAGUCUUUCUUUUCUCAACUCCAUGAGCGUUUUCAUACGACAGUGCCAACUCGCAACCAUGGUGUUAUGGUUCACACCGAUUCUGUUCACAUCACCAUUCUGCACUUUGUGGUUAGUCACUGUAUGAUAUAAGCCGUAUUAGUUUGGCAUGGUUAAACAUUGUGAAAUCCGAACAGUGUGUUAGGAGCAGCGUGUACUUGACAACUGGUGAUGGGUUGUUGUCAUCUACAUCUAGAUAUCAGUAUCUCACUUUAGAAAAGAGUCCCAGUGUAGCGUUUGUUGAUAUUUCACCCAGAUUAUUAAAUGGAAAUCAUGCAACGAUUUCAGGACAGUGGGCGACUUCUGCUAGAAGAAGAAGUGGCUCUGUAUGCAUGGUCAAUAUGGUCUUCUUCUUCAUGCACCCUCUAUAACUGCAUGUGGUAUUGCAUGGGGAUUGCACUGUAAACAAAAUAGCAUAUACAUUUGCAAAACAAAUUCUGUCCUUUCUUUUCUUUUCAUUAGCACAUGUACAUAAUGUUUGACUAAAACGUUAUUCUUGUACUGUGCCACAUGAUGUAAUCCACAGGUGACGACGAGGACGUGAUGAGAGCAUCACAAAGCAGAUAUUAAGUAUAAUAUCCAGCACAGAAAUAAUAAGUAAGGGAAUACUUGAAUACUAAUCAGCACAGCUCCUAACAAUCUGGGCCGUGCAAGUAAACAUCAGUCCUUUGAGCAUCUUGCAUUAUAUGCCUACCAUUGUCUUUAAUUUAUGAAUCCAGAGAUGUAGACAUAAAACUAAGCAGAUGCUGCGGUAAAACAGAGCAUGGUGCUGCCGUCAGCAGUUCAACUGGUGUUGGUGUUUCUGUUCUGAAUGUUGUAAGGAGCAGGGCGAGAGUAGGUGGAGUGUUUAGUGACAUUCUAUGAAUGUAUUGGAGAAGAGAAAAUAUUUGUCAUUCACAGUUUUUGUUGUUCUUUACAAUAAAUACCAAAUUAACUGAUGUAA